AUGCGCAAGGCCCUAGUGGACCCUGAGAUUGAUAACACAGACAAACUGGUGAUAAGAGUCAAUCAACUAAUUGAUCAAGGACUAAUAACGCACGA